CGCAAACACAUCGCAUUCAUUCGCCUCUCCGUUUCCCACGCACGCAGGCAGCCGCAGAGCAAGACUGCAAAUCUGAAGCGAAGUCACGUCUCUAGCUCUGUUGCACUCCAAUAUCACAGGCAGAUAACAUCUGGAAGGGAUGUCUAAAGGAACAGUAGUCUUGGCCUACAGUGGGGGGCUGGACACCUCCUGCAUCCUCGUCUGGCUGAAAGAGCAAGGCUAUGAUGUCAUUGCCUACCUGGCCAACAUCGGCCAGGACGAGGACUUUGAGGCUGCGCACAAGAAAGCUGAGAGUCUCGGAGCGAAGAAUGUGUUCAUCGAGGACCUGCGUGCAGAGUUUGUGGAGGAGUUCAUCUGGCCGUCGGUGCAGGCCAACGCCCUGUAUGAGGACCGCUACCUGCUGGGCACCUCGGUGGCGCGGCCCUGCAUCGCCCGGCGACAGGUGCAGAUUGCACGCCAGGAGGGGGCACAGUACGUCUCCCACGGGGCCACGGGGAAGGGAAAUGACCAAAUUCGCUUUGAGCUUACCUGCUAUGCCCUCUACCCGGGGGUGAAGAUUAUCGCCCCGUGGAGGAUUCCAGAGUUCUACACACGCUUCAAGGGCAGGAAAGACCUCAUGGAGUAUGCAGAGACCCAUGGCAUCCCAGUGCCCGUCACGCCUAAAGCCCCGUGGAGCAUGGAUGCCAACCUCAUGCACAUCAGCUAUGAGUCUGGUAUCCUGGAAAAUCCAAAGAGCCACGCCCCUGCAGAUCUUUACCUGAUGACCAAGAACCCAGAGGACACUCCCACCUCCCCAGACACCAUCGAGCUGGAGUUCAGACAAGGUGUGCCUGUGAAGGUGUCCAAUCUGAAAGACGGCAAAUCCAAGGACACACCCCUCGAGAUCUUCAAUUACCUCAAUGAGAUUGGGGGGAAGCACGGUGUGGGCCGCAUCGAUAUUGUGGAGAACCGCUUCAUUGGAAUGAAGUCAAGAGGUAUUUACGAGACUCCAGGAGGCACCAUCCUGUACCAUGCCCACCUGGACAUCGAGACCUUCACCAUGGACAGGGAGGUGCGCCGCAUCAAGCAGGGCCUGGGCAUCCGCUUCUCCGAGCUCCUCUACAACGGCUUCUGGUACAGUCCGGAGUGUGAGUUUGUGCGGCACUGCAUCGCCAAGUCCCAGGAGAGUGUGGAGGGCAAGGUGCAGCUGUCUGUGCUCAAGGGCCAGGUCUACAUCCUGGGACGAGAGUCUCCCAAGUCCCUCUACAACGAAGAGCUCGUCAGUAUGGAUGUACAGGGUGACUAUGAUCCAUGUGAUGCGUCUGGCUUCAUUAAGAUCAAUGCUGUCAGGCUGAGAGAGCACCAUCGCCUGCAGGGUGACACCGCCGACAAGAAGUGACCGAUCGCAGGAAAACACCUCCAGCAACACUUCCCCCAUAACUCUACCCUAAACUCACAGUAGUUGUACCCAAACUAACACUAACUCUACCCCAAAACUCAUACUAACUGUUGCCAUACCCCAAAUUUGACCCCAAGCAACACCACCUGUGCCUGCUACUGUAGAUGCGAUGGGAACAGACGUGCCCCAUACCUUAAUGCCAGUCUGCUCAGAGACCAGUAUAGUUGGGCACAAUAUUUUGGACACAACAUUUUUGUCAUUUUUAGUGGUAGUUUGAUAUCUUUUAAUAAAUAAAACAAGUACUGUUGUUUAUGUGUUUGACACAUUUAAAUAAAUAAUGAAAAAUA